UGAUGUUAAGGAUGUCAGUUUUGCCCAACGCAACUUCCCCAGUGAGAAAGACGAAGAAGCCACCUUGAACAGUGUACUGGUAGAUUUUGGUGAUAAAGGUGAAAGCCGAGCAGCACUACAAGUCGACAAAAAUGGAGAGGUAGAGAAGGCUGAAAAGGCAGGGGAGAAGGAAGAGCGCCGAAGGGGCAAAGUGCGAGACCUUGAACGCAGCAGAGGGCGGCAAAUGUUAGCGUUAUCGCUUAAAAGGAAGAGGCCGGAAAUUUCAACUAAACUGGACGAACAGCCCCGCGUUUUCAGCAAAUCGGCCAGAGUUGGAAUGUCCACACGGCCUUCAAUUACGAGCCCUGAUCAGAAAAACCUGCCGGUGGUGCGAGAAAUCUGCUCGUCGCUCCUGAUUAAAACUUCCGAUGAACCGAUAGGCUCCGGGACAUUUGGAACUGUCUAUUUGGCAGAAUACAAAGGCAUGAAAACGGCAGUCAAGGAGAUCAAGAAAAGAAAGGACUCGCCCGAAGAAACUGAACGGUGUAGACGCGAGGUUCUGCACGAGGCUCAAAUUCUUCAAAGUCUCGGCGACCACCCAAAUCUCCCAUUUCUUUUCGACGUCAGUACAAAAAUGGAGCCAUUCUACCUCGUUCUUCAAUUUCAUGGCAAUGGCGGAAAAAGUACCACCCUCCAUGAGGCUUUGAAGAAAAGGCUACUAAAAAAAAAUUCAACAGCCCGUGUUUUUUAUGAAAUUGCGGAAACGCUCAAAUAUAUGCACAACAAGAGUUUCUUGCACAACGAUUUGAAGACAAACAAUGUGCUGAUGCAUCAGGGAAACUCGGGGGAACUUCAUCCAAUCUUAAUCGAUUUUGGCAAAAGUCGAGCCAUAGCCAAAGCAAAGGGAUAUCGGAGAAGUGAUUUCGAUUACCUUGCGCCGGAAGUGAAAGCGGGUAAAAAGGAAAGUACGCGAAGUGACAUUUUUUCUUUCGGCAAAAUGCUUGAAGCAGCCGUUCGCGGGAGAAGUUUUCUUCCGACGUUUUCGGAACUAAUUACUAGCACUACUGCAGUGGAUGCCUCAAAAAGGCCAUCGAUUAGUGAGGUUGCUAACGAACUGACUAAAAUCAUUCAAAAAAAGGGAAUAUGA